GGGAUAUUCCGAGGUCGUCGGCUACCAGACAGUCUCUAACCAGAGCCACCAAACGUCAACAAACCGCCGAACUGAUAAGACCUCUUGUUGCCAAGUGCUUCGCCAUCGGUCACAGAUUCAAGUAACCACAGAUAGUGAUUUGGAAAAGGGAAAGCUUUCGUGUAAAGUGUGUCGGUUCAAUAUUUAUGCUAGGCAUUUAUCGUUCACUACAACUACAAGGCAGAACAUUUACAGCUAUGACUUCAAUUGUCCAGGAAAGCUCCAACAAAAUGUUUGGAGGAUGGCAGAAGGUGUAUUGUCAUGAUAGUAAGGAGCUACAGUGUAAAAUGAAGUUUGGCGUAUAUAUUCCACCACAGGCAGAAUCAGAGCCAGUACCUGUUGUAUAUUGGUUAUCGGGCCUGACAUGCACCGAGCAGAAUUUCGUAACAAAGGCUGGAGCCCAGCAAUAUGCUUCCAAACACGGAUUCCUGGUGGUUGCACCUGACACAAGCCCUCGAGGCUGCAACAUUGAAGGAGAGGAAGACAGCUGGGACUUUGGCACGGGAGCGGGAUUUUACGUUGAUGCCACGGAAGAAAAGUGGAAGACCAAUUACCGGAUGUUUUCUUAUAUUACAAAGGAGCUUCCUGAGAUCAUUGCUGCAAACUUUAAAGUCCAGAGUGAUAAAUCAGCCAUAAUGGGACACAGUAUGGGAGGGCAUGGUGCACUUAUUUGUGCUCUCAAGAACCCUGGCCAGUACAGGUCUGUAUCAGCAUUUGCACCAAUUUGCAACCCCAUCAACUGCCCCUGGGGUGUGAAAGCUUUCACAGGAUACCUUGGGGAGGACAAAGGAGCUUGGAAGGAGUACGAUGCUUGUGAGUUGCUCAAGAAGUACAAUGGGCCACCUUUAGAGAUCUUAGUGGAUCAGGGGAAGGCCGACUCUUUUUUGACCCAGGGGCAGCUGUUGCCAGACAACCUGGUUAGUGCCUGUGCUGCUGGAGGUGUACCUGUCAUUAUGAGGAUGCAGGAAGACUAUGACCAUUCCUACUACUUCAUCAGUACAUACAUGGGAGAUCACUUUGAUCACCAUGCAAAGUUCUUGAAGAAUUAGUUCAUAAGGUUUAUGCUUUCAAUUUUCUACAGUUAUGAUUGAUAAGGAAUUGUCAUGCUAUAACCUGUGCUGCUUUCUUAAGUUUAAAGUAAUUCCAACUACUUUGUAAUAAAAUUACAAAACCAAAAA